CUCGGGCCCACGGCUCUGCGGGGCUGGGCCGGCCUCAGCUUGGGGGUGCCGGAGCCGGCGGGACAGGAACAGAGGUGGUGCCGCACCCGGCUGGAUCCGCCGCCGCCUGAUGACGCGUGGCCGGCCCGUGACGUCCGGCUUCGCGGAGCCGUGCGGCGCCACUGCCUCCGUGCUCCCUACACUGCGGAAUUGGCCCCGAAGCCAGCACCCCAUGCGCACCCUCGCAGCGGGCGGGCGACGGGAACAUGGCAGCAGGUAGGCAGCCAGUCCAGAGCGCUGCCGGCGGCCGCCUCCCGCACCCACGGAGGCCGCGGUGACUCCUCCCCACCCCGAGGCCGCGGGGAUGGACGCGAAGCGCGCUGCCGGCCAGGACAGCGCCGAGGGAGGAAGAGGAGGGCUGGGUGACUUCGUGUCUGCCCUUCCUCCCGAGAUCAGCUCCCGGAUUUUCAGUGGGCUAGAUGUGGAGAGCUUGUGUCACGCGUCAGUGACGUGCAAGGGCUGGCACCGCGUCAUCGAGAGCAACGAGCGGCUGUGGCGGCACCACUGCCUAGCCGUGCGCGCCGUCUGCCAGCGGGAGAUCGACUGCGACCGAGGGAACGGGUAUUCCUGGAAGAUUACAUUAUUGAGAAACUACUGGAAAAGCAAAGUGAAGCAAGAAUGGCUUAGUGGAAAAUACAGCAACGUUCCUUCACAAUUCAGCUUGCCAGAGAAAAGCAUGUAUCCAAUGGAUGUCGACACGUGGGGAGAAAUCUUGGAAGCAGAACUUGAGAGAUGAGAAAGCAGUGCUGAUUCUUGCAGCUCAACCAGCUUUUGCCAAUAGCAUACACACUGUUCGGCAGUUGUGAAAAUGACUUUGAAUUAUUUUGGACUGAUAAUAAAUUUAUGAUGAAAGCGUCUCAAAAAAAAGUUAUGGGUAUCUUUUUUUAAUUUGCAGUUUACUGUAUUGAUUUUAUGUAAAAUUCUAAAGACAAUUAACUAUUCAGUUGUAUUUAUAUUUAUAAAUUUAAUUGCACUGUCAAAAAUACGCUGAUUAUAAUUUCAGUUUGCACUUUUUGUUUUGGAAGAGAUGAUUUUUAUAUUAAAAAAACCC